GCGGAAGUUGCGGGGAGAGUCGGGCGUUCGCGGUGCGCGCAUGCGCCGAUCUUCAUGGAGAGCCGAGGGGCUCCGAAGGACGGAGGGCGGCCCAGGUUUUGGAUGAAGUAACUCUGCAGAAGGGCCAGGGGGAAAGGAGUCCAGGCUGAGAACUUCUGAUGCAUAACCGACUAAAGAAAUGAAGGGCAGGCAGCAGAAAACAUCAGAGACAGAAGAGGGAACGGUUCAAAUCCAGGAAGGAGCAGUAGCGACAGGUGAAGAUCCCACCAGCGUGGCCAUUGCAAGCAUCCAGUCAGCAGCCACCUUUUCAGAUCCAAACAUCAAAUAUGUCUUCCGAGCAGAGAAUGGAGGCACUCAGCUGAUGUACAGAGUCAUACAGGUGGCCGAGGGGCAGCUGGAUGGACAGACGGAGGGCAGUGGGGCCAUCAGCGGCUACCCUGCAACGCAGUCCAUGACCCAGGCUGUCAUCCAAGGAGCGUUCACAAGCGAAGAUGCCGUCGACUCCGAAGCCGCGGCCACCGAGACCCACUAUACCUAUUACCCGGCCACUGUGGCCGACACCAGCACCUCUGCUGGAGCAGGGACGACCGCUGUGGUCACCACCCAGAACUCGGAUGCCCUUCUGGGACAAGCUACGCCCACCGGCACAGGACAGUUUUUCGUCAUGAUGUCACCCCAGGAGGUGCUACAGAGUGGAACCCAGCGGUCAAUUGCACCACGGACUCACCCUUAUUCCCCGAAAUCAGAAGCUCCACGGACAACACGGGAUGAGAAGCGUCGGGCACAGCACAACGAAGUGGAACGCCGGCGCAGGGACAAGAUCAACAACUGGAUUGUGCAGCUGUCUAAGAUCAUUCCGGACUGUUCUAUGGAGAACACCAAAUCCGGACAGAGUAAAGGAGGGAUUCUCUCCAAAGCUUGUGACUACAUUCAGGAAUUAAGACAGAAUAACCUCCGUCUUUCUGAGGAACUGCAGGGCCUGGACCAGCUCCAGGUGGACAAUGGAGUCCUGCGACAACAGGUCGAGGAUCUGAAGAACAAAAACCUGAUUCUACGAGCACAGCUCCGACAGCAUGGCGUGGAGGUGAUCAUCAAGGAGUCCCACUGACCGACCACCCACCAGCAGGGAGGGUCUCACUCAAGAUGCAGACCCCCCCAUCUCGGGCACAGUAGGAGGCCGCGAUGCCCAGCUGUACCGGUGCUUCCAAGCCUCCCUUCCUUUCUUCUCUCUCUCUCUCUCCUCCCCGGUGCCGGAUUGAAAGGCUGCAUCCCCUCCCUCGGGGCAGGACUCGGCUCAGAACGUUCGACUUUGCUGUCCAGCCGUCCUUUGGCUCGGCCCUCCGAGCUUGACAGUGACAAACGUACUCUUGGUUCGUAGGACCCUCAAAGGAAUAUACCCCCCUUCCUCCUCCCCCCCCCCCCCCCACGAGUUGUGUUGAUCCUCUCCCAGCCCUGCCGUUCGGCUGAGCAUUGCCGCUCCCCUCGCGCGCUUCCUCCGACGCCCCCUUGCAUGCAACCUCACGUAGUUCCCGUCCAGAGUUUUCCCUACUCCCACCCGUGGCACAGGGAACUCCAGAGAUCGUGUGUCGUCCCCCCCCUGGGCCCUGCUCCUGCCAAGCGAGGGGGUGGAGCUCUAGGCAGCCCCUCCUGCUUGCCCUCUCUCACCCAACCUUCUCUCCUUGGAUGGACUCCGGACGCUCGAUGCUCCCCGUGUGUUUCUGCGUUGCCGAAAAGACGCAACGUUGCUCGCAUUGUGCUGCAGAGUGCCAAGGACUGGAGUGGGUUGCAAGUGGUCACCGUCUUCCUCUCUCGAAGAUGAUGCAUCUAACGAUCAGGAUAGCAGUUCUCUUUUUUUUCCCCCUCUUUUUUAUAUAAACCCUAAGUUUUGGAUGACAACAAAAAAAGGAACGUAAUUAAAUAGCUGCCUUGCUGGGUU